AAGUUCCCUUUCAUUUCAGUUUUUCAUUUACAUUUUUAUUUCGUUAUAAAAAAGAACAACUUUGUAUAUUUAUAUCCUAGCUCGUUUUAGAUAAAUCAUUAGUAUUAUCUGUUGUUAAAGAUUUGACUUUUCUAGAUAUCAUAGAGCUAUUGUACAUAGACACUCGACCUAUAAUAUUUACACAAAGCUUAAGACUUUUAUAAAGCUUUGGGUUAUAUUACUACAGACCCUCCUGCAGCUCGCUGCGUAGUUUUGUUCCGAAUUCAAGAAAUGAAUACCAGCAGCUGUAUUGGACUUUCCACUAUGAAACCCUGUCGUAGAAUCUUAGUUAGCUGCAAGAAUUCAUCCCUUUUCGGAUUCCCAUUUCUCAACUCUAAUUAUUUGAUUACUGACAAUUUGUCGAAAUUACAACCGAAUUUGAAUGAUUUACCUGAUUCUAGCAAUAGGGUUGUAGGUUUUACUAGAACAAAUACUCCGAACUGGAGAGCUUUUUGUUUAUCUGGUUCGGAUUCUGGACAAUCUAGGUUUUUUUCUGGCUGUCCACUUCAUACGAGUAAUGAUAGACUUGUUUCAAAUAAAGUAAAUGUUGCGUCGGAUGUCAGGAACCAUUCGACGUCCAUUGAAUCUCAAGUUAAUCAAAACAGCUUUGAGAAAAUUUAUGUUAGAGGAGAUUUACAUGUGAAGCCCUUGUUGAUUGAGACAAUUGAAGAGGCUCACAAGGUACUGGAAAAUGUAGAAAAAGAUAAAGAUAAUGAAGCUAGGGUAGAGGUAAAUGAUAGUUUAGGUGUAAAUAUAGAUAAUCUCAACCAGCGCUCGGAUGGGUCAAUGGUUUUUAGAUCGACCCUGAAGAGAGAGGUGUCUGAGGUAGAAAAAGAGGCUUGGAAAUUGCUUCGAGGGGCUGUUGUAAAUUAUUGUGGACUCCCUGUGGGGACUGUUGCUGCUGCUGAUCCUGCUGAUAAGCUGCCUUUGAACUAUGAUCAAGUCUUCAUUCGUGAUUUUGUCCCUUCAGCUCUUGCUUUCUUGCUUAAUGGUGAAGGAGAAAUUGUCAAGAACUUUCUGCUUCAUACCCUACAACUACAGAGUUGGGAAAAGACUGUGGACUGCCACAGCCCUGGACAGGGGUUGAUGCCUGCCAGUUUUAAAGUUAAGGCUGUGCCUCUUGAAGGAAGAAAUGGAGAAUUUGAGGAUGUUUUGGAUCCUGAUUUUGGUGAAUCUGCUAUUGGACGUGUUGCACCUGUUGAUUCUGGUUUGUGGUGGAUAAUUCUGUUGAGAGCUUAUGGAAAGAUCACAGGGGAUUAUUCUCUGCAAGAGAGGGUUGAUGUGCAGACAGGCAUCAGAUGGAUACUCAAUUUGUGUUUGACUGACGGUUUUGAUAUGUUUCCUACUCUCUUAGUCACUGAUGGGUCCUGCAUGAUUGACAGAAGGAUGGGUAUUCAUGGCCAUCCUCUCGAAAUCCAAUCUUUAUUUUAUUCAGCUCUACGCUGUUCCCGUGAGAUGCUUACUGUCAAUGAUUCAACAAAGAAGCUAGUUGCAGCCAUCAAUAACCGUCUCAGUGCACUUUCUUUUCACAUAAGGGAGUAUUAUUGGGUGGACAUGAAAAAGAUCAACGAAAUAUAUCGAUACAAGACAGAAGAAUACUCAACCGAGGCGAUCAACAAAUUUAAUAUAUAUCCAGAGCAGAUUCCAUCUUGGCUUGUGGAUUGGAUACCUGAGAAUGGCGGAUACUUUAUUGGCAAUCUACAACCUGCUCAUAUGGAUUUUAGAUUUUUCACGCUUGGAAAUCUUUGGGCUAUUAUAUCAUCGCUGGGAACGCCUACGCAAAAUGAAGGUGUACUCAGUUUGAUUGAAGACAAAUGGGAUGACCUUGUGUCAGACAUGCCUCUUAAGAUAUGUUAUCCGGCUUUGGAGUGCGAAGAAUGGCGCGUUAUCACAGGCAGUGACCCUAAAAAUACGCCAUGGUCUUAUCAUAAUGCUGGGUCGUGGCCAACACUGCUGUGGCAGUUCACGCUGGCUUGCAUGAAGAUGGGCAAACCAGAAUUAGCAAGCAGAGCAUUGGCUUCGGCUGAGAAAAGGCUUCUAGUGGAUCAGUGGCCCGAAUAUUAUGAUACCAGACAUGGAAGGUUUAUAGGAAAACAGUCUCGACUUUAUCAGACGUGGACAAUUGCUGGAUACCUUACCUCUAAAAUGCUACUGGAAAAUCCAGAGAUGGCUUCAAUGUUGUUUUGGAAUGAAGAUUAUGAGAUUCUGGAGAACUGUGUAUGCGGGCUGAACAAAAAUGGGCGGCGAACAAAGUGUGCACGUGUUGCGAGUAGAUCACCUAGUGUGUCUGAGCCGCUGCUACCACAAAUAAAGUAGACACUACUGAGAUGCUUCUUCGAGUGGAAAUUUGAGAACAACCCUGCGACAAUCACCUUGCCUGGCUGGCGCUUUAAUUAUAAACUACUUCUAAAUAAAUAAUGCUGCUAAAUUUUAACCGUGCUGACAAUAAUUAUUGUUGUGUAUUCCAUUUGACACACAUAACAGAAGCUGCUGCUUUUUGACAUGUCAUAAGAUUCUGGGAAUGAACAAACGCAAUUGUAUUCUAUCGACGUAGAGACCAUCAUUUUAUGCAAGCAGUGUUAGUUUUUAUUUCA